AUGAUAAGGAAGCAAGACAUCAUGUGUGUUGAGAAGAUAUCGUUUGGGCCGUUCUGGGAAGAGUUUCUUGUGUUUGUAGAGAUUCAGGACAUCCUCGGCGGGAUGUACUGCCUACGAGUGAUGAAGAAGAAAAAGAUAAUAGAGUAUGGAGAGGAGGAAAUGGUUGACCACGAGUAUGUGGUUAGAUCCAUGAUUAGGCAUCCGUUUCUGAUUAAUACGGUAUGUGGCUUUCAGGAUUAUGAGCAUUUGUUUCUUGUUGAGGAGCAGUCAAGGAACUAUUUAAUGGAGUUGAUACGAGCUGAGGGAAGGAUAUCUAAGAAAGCAUGCAGGUUCUACAUAGUAGAGAUUGUGCUUGCAAUACAGUAUUUGCAUAUCAAAGGGCUUUGCUAUGGAUUUCUAUCGCCUAGCAACAUAAUGGUAGGGGACGAUGGGCAUAUCAAGCUGAAGUACAGUUUUCUGAACGAAAUAGACAGUGUUGUUGGAGGGAUAGAUAGCAACAUUGAGUAUGCAUCUGUUGAUUACCUUAAUGGCAGGAAUCUCUCCUGUGCAUCAGAUUAUUGGUCGAUUGGCAUAGUUAUGUACCAGAUGCUUGCAGGAAUUACUCCGUUUGCAUCGCAGGACAUGGCUUCAACAGCUGCAAAGAUGAGGGAAGGCAAAGUCCGUUUCCCGGUGUUUUUUGAUGCAUGCACCAAAGACUUGAUAUCGAAACUGCUUGUGAUUGAUCCAAGGCAACGGCUUGGAUAUGUGGAUAGCGAUGCAGCAGAUAUCAGGAAGCAUCCAUUUUUUGAUGGAGUAGACUGGGGCAAGGCGUACAUGAGAGCUGCUGAGCCGCCAUUUCUAUUUAAUGUUGUCAAAAGCAAGGAGCUGCUGAAGCCUGCAAAUCUUGGUAUUCUCUACACCACAGACUAUCUUUCUGACCAGAAGGAUGGCUAUGGACGUACAUUUCGGCAGUAUGGAUCUGCACAUGUACCUGAAGUUUAUAGAAGCCUCUGGAGAAACGGAUAUAUCUAG